AUGAAAAAUGAAUGGGAAAAUGGAGAAAAAAGAACCCCUGAUGGACUAAUAUUUGUUGAAGAACUUAGAGAUGAAGAAGAUAGAGAAUUAAAUGAAAAUGGAAAAGGGGGUUCAUUAGAAGAAGAUUUAGAGGAAGGAUUGACAAAAUCUUGGGGGUUAAUUGUACAAGGGAAAGGAGUUGAAUUUGGACCUGCUUGUUAUCUGUUGAAGACAAGCAGAGUUGGAGCUGGUAGAGGAAUGGGAUUGUUUUGCACUCAUUUUUGUAUAGUAAGAGUUAAGAAUUUUAGGGAGAAUGCUUUGACACAGUUUAAAAGUUGUUGGUUGUAA